AUGACCGAGACGGCCGAAGACUCCGAGGAGGUGGAACAAAUCGACGUUGUUGUGCGUGGUGUGAAUGGCGAAGAGGUAGCCGUCCUGCAGCUCCCAGCAGCAAAGGCUACCAUACUGGACGCGAAGGUGGCAUUGGGCUCUCAGCUGCUUGUUCCGCUCUACACGCAACAGCUUUUGCUGUCAUCCAGCGAGCAGGUACUGGGAGAUCAUGAAGAGCUGUCCCAACUGAAAGGCUGUGAGCCCACCCUGGAGCUGUGCUACGUCCGUCUGGCCUUUGACGAGACUGAAUCAGCCAAGCUUCUCGUCCACGCAUGGAGGGGUGAAGCCUCGGAGGUCGAGCGAUGCUUGAUUGCACGUGCCUGCCCAGACCAUCGAAGUGAGGAGGAUGGCCGAACUGCGCUGCUCUCUGCGGCUCUCCAGGGCCACAUCGAGGUCGCCAAGCUGCUGUGCCGUGCUGGCGCAACUGUUGACCCAGAAGAAAGCGAUGGUGCUUCGCCGAUGCUUGCAGCAGCCAUGCAAGGAAGACUGGAGAUGGUGAAGUUCCUGGCUGACGCCAAGGCUGCUCUUGACCGCCCGACUGCCAAUGGCACAACGCCACUGCACGUGGCGUCCCUGCAGGGCCAUUUGGACGUUGUGACGUACCUCUGCCAGUCCGGGGCGGUGUGUGACAGAACGACUCCUGGUGGAGCCACGCCGCUCUAUGUGUCAUGUUACAACGGGCACCUCCCCAUCGUGCAGUAUCUUUGCUCACAGCGAUCAGAUGUCUGCAAGAGGACACCUACGGGUGCGACCUUGCUCCAUGCAGCAGCUCAGGAGGGGCAGCUCGAGGUGGUUUCUUUCCUGUGCGAGAUGCCGGAGGUGGAUAAGGAUGCGCAGAUGCUCGAUGGGGCCACUCCGCUAUUGGCAGCAGCCCUGCAGGGCCACGUGAAUGUGGUGCAGCAUCUGACGCAAGUGAAAGCAGACAUACACAAGACCACGAAGGACGGCGCUUCUGCUCUACACGCCUGCGCCCGCUCCGGGCACGUCGAUGUAGCACGCUUUCUCUGCGAAGCAGGAGCGGACAAGGAUCGCGCGAUGAUGGAGGGGGCAACCCCUUUACUGGCAGCUGCAUUGCAAGGUCACACGGAGGUGGUUCGAUACCUUUGCGAUGCUGGAGCCGACAAGGAUCGCACCAUCUGCGAUGGUGUGACUGCUUUCCAUGCAGCUGCAGAGCGAGGUCAUGCAGAGGUUGUCCAGUGCUUGUGCGAGGUGGGGGCUGACAAGGACAAGGCCAUGCGAAAUGGUCUGACUCCGCUGAUGGCUGCCUGCCUUCAAGGACACGAAGAGGUCGUGCGCGUCCUAUGCGAGAAUGGAGUUGCCAAGGAGACGCCUAUGCGCGAGGACGUGGUCCUGGCUAGUGUCUCGCUGACAAAAAGCCAGCCGAGUUCAGACCUCUUCUUGUGCGAUCCCGGCAAACAUUUCGCCGAGGGCGAGAAGCAUUGCCGGCAAGGUGCGACAUCGCUACAUGUCGCAGCACUUCACGGGCACUUGGGUGUUGUCAAGCAGCUAUGCAGUGCGCGUGCCAAUUUGGAGGCUGCCAUGCGCGUGGGCUCCACACCACUGCUUGGAGCUGCACAGGCAGGGCACAGUGAAGUGGUGAGGUUCCUCUGCCAAGCUCAGGCCAACAUGAAUGUUCAGACUGGCACCAAAGAUGGCGAAUCUCCGCUCAUGGCUGCUGUUCUGCGAGAUCACGCGGAGGUCGUGCAGGCAUUAUGCGAAGCACGCGCAGACCCACUGAAGGCCGCCACCAAUGGCACUACUCCGCUGUUUGCCGCCUGCAUGCUGGGACUCGGAAACGUCGCCGAUAUCCUCAGGCAAGCAUCAAGUGCUCGAGACAGAUCGCUCCUUCGUUUCUUUUGCGCUGGCUGCAGACAUCGGUUCGCGGCUUGCAAGCGAGUAGAUGGCGAGCGAUGA